AUGAUUAUGGAUUUAUUCGAUAAUACGACCACUACUGCUGCAUCCACCACAAGCAACAACAACAAUAACAACAGUAGUGAUAUCAACAGUAAUACCAACAGCACACGACCCAAAGAAAUCGAUCAUAUUGAUGCAGUUCUCCUACAGCGACUGGAGCAGUUUAUUCAUAAUCCAGAAACACGACAAGAUUUUGCUGAUAAUGUGGCCAGUACUGAAAAGACCAGCCAUGCUGACGAUUCAAAAGGAUUAGGAGGAGAGGAACUCUAUUUAUUACCUACCACAGCCGCUGCAUCAUCAUCAUCAUCAUCAUCAUCAAAACGGCGUCACUGUCAAACGCAAACGACACAAACCUGUAUCACACAAGACAAUACUAUUCGACAGCAGCACCAUCGAAGCAGUAGUAAUGGCAGUAGCAUCGCGCCUGGAACGACAGUAGAGCAUCUGGAACGCCAGAUUGCGGAAGAAAAGAGACGACAAAAGCGAUUAGAAGCUGCCAUGGUGGAAUCAUCCGAUCAAUUCCAAGUGCUCAGUGGAUUGGCAUACAUGAAGCUUCGUGAGCUGUGGGAAGAACGAGUGCGUUGGGAAGAGGCUUAUUUUGCAUUGAGUGAGCGAUUGGAUGAGGUACGGCAACAGCACGGCGGCGGGUCGUCUGACCAUCAUGGUGGUGAACCGGUAGUGGUUAAUAGUACUACUGCAUCACAGCCCAUCAUGGAAAGCGUUCCUUAA